GAUGUUGACAAUUGAACAUUAAAUGCUUAAUUUCCUGUCAUCUUGUAAAGAAGACUUAUGUCCCCCCCGAGCCAACGUGUUGAAAUCCGGAAAGAAAAAUCGUAACCGGUUAUUCAUAGUUAUUAAUGUGUUACGGUAAAUUGAAACCCACAACUAAACGCCUUAAUUUCGCUUUAAAUGAUACUUUGUUGCGGCGAAGCCGAUAAGAGUCUCGUCUCAUCGGUGAUGUCAUCGUGUUGGAAUUAUGGCAACUCAACGUGCACUAAAACACGCCAGUUAAUCAAACACAAAGAUAGAAAACCACGAACCCUGUCCAUAUUUUCCCACUCUUGACGCUGAUUGUUUUGCGAUCCUUUUGAACUCCGAAGUGAGGCUUUUUUGUGCCUUAAAAACGGCCACCGAAUGCCUGUCGUAGUGAAACAACGUUACCCAUGAUGCACCUUGCAACCACCAGCCCUUUUUUUCUUAAAUCGCAGGCGGGAGAACAAGCAAGCAAGAAAAUGUUGGCAGCAUUUAAACAUUAAACGCUGGCGUGUUCAUUUUUUUUACGAGGCGAGGCGAGGAAAAGAGGACAUUGAGCACUUUUUUUACGUUAACUCAAAAGUCGGCGCCGGUAGAGAAGCAACAGGUCGGUUUUUGAUCUUUUGUGGCGUUCUUCUUUUUCCAGAUGUCUCGAUUUUAAAUUAUCCGUUGACGAGUGAGCUACCUAAGCAGGUGUUUUUAUUCCUCUUGUUGUCUUUGUACUACUGUAUUUACCUAAUAUUCGCACUCCUGUGACGUCAUUUAGACCAAAACACGGGUCCCCCCGCCGGUUUUAAUUAAAAAUGUAUUAAUUUUUUCCACACACGCACUUUUUUAUGUUCUAGCCACCUACAAACGAUUCAAAUUCACGAUUUAAUCCACAAUGACGCUCAAAAUAUAAUCAGGGAUGUUUUUAGCGGGGUAGGGGCUAGCUAGCCACGUUAGCAUUCGCACCAGAUCUUGCAAUGCGUUUAUGAAACGUAAAUACGUGUCGCACAGCGAUGUCUACAAGAUUGCUUUCAUUGAAAUGUGAAAUGUAAUUUAUGUUAAUAAAACUGAGUUCGUCUUUAUUUUAAACUGUGGAUGUUUUGGGCCGCCAUCCUGAAAGUGACUCAGGGUUUCUUCAGCUUUCCGAAGCCGAGGAAGUCUAGCAGGGACUUCGGUGGUUCGACCGUGUCGAAGUGUCCUGGAGCAAGAUACUGAACCUCCAGUUGCUCCUUAUGCUGCGACAUCAGUUGGUGAAUGAGGUGAUGGUGUGCAGCGCUUUGAGUACCCGAGGUAGAUAAGCGGUCCACAAGUGACAGCCCACCAUUUACCAUAAAGUUGGCUUCUGAACGACUCCUGACUCGGAAUGGAUGAAUCAGUCAAUUUUUAAAGACUAGUUUAUAGUAUUAUUUAAAUGUAAUCACUCACCAUCCAAAGGUUUGACUUGGCGAUAUGGCUUAAAAUAAAAUCGCGCCCCCUUUAAAAAUCUUCAUUUAGAGUAAAAGCAAAUGUGAACGACAUUGUUUCAAACCAGACUUGAUUUUUGUUUGUUUUCCCUUUAUGGGAAUUUACACCCCGAUAUUGAUACUUUUGAAAUGAUAUUGGAGUGAAAGAGGUUAGUUUUAUUGUUUUACAGAGUGUUGCAGCCAUUUGAGCAGAACAUUUAAAAGACAAUCGACCAAAAAUAGUGUGGGUAAACAAAGAUGUUACGAAAACUACUGGACCGGAGAGUGCAAGUGGUGGUAUGAAUGUGUGAAGAUGAUCAUGAAGACGCACAAGCGCAAGCUCCAGCCGGAGUCCUCCGAUGAGUGUCCUGGUGGCAGCUGCGGCGGCGCUCUGGCGUGGGAGCGUCAGCGUCAGUUUGUGUUUAGCGUCUCCCUGCACAAAUACCAGCUGGACCAGGAGUUGCCGGAACCCAGCCUGCGGCGGUCUGUCCUCAUCAGCAACACCCUACGGCAGGUAGAAGCUUGUCGGGUGCCUUCUCACGAACGGGCGCCUCCCUCACUCAUGCAUGCACCGCAUGAGCAACUGAGAGCCACCGGGGUGCAGGACCUGCCGUCACCUGCCAAAUGCCAGCGAGUGGCGUCCAGUCGCGCGUCGUUUGAGGAAGCGGAGGAUUGGAGCUCCCUCUCCGCCGACCCCGAUUUCACCAUUUCGCCCGCCGUUUCGUCCAUCCUCACCGGCCUAGACUCUAGCCUUGAUGCGAGCGCGCCCCUCCCGCAGUUGCCCUCCCCGCGGGCAGCCCUCAGGUCCCUGGAGAACCUGCAGACCUUCCCUGAUGCCGGCGGCUUCUGGCUGAGGCAGCAGGUCCGAGGGGCUCACAGCCAGGAUCUGAUGGAGUGGGAGGCCGGCGUGGAGGCGGCGCGCUCCAGCUACUUGACGGACAUUACAGCUGAGGAUAUGUUCCAGGACAUAGACACGUCACAGCUGGAAAGGGACAUGGGGAUUCUGGGCCUGAGGGGCGACGGGUGCCCCCCCGCGGAGGACCUCCCGUAUCACAGCGCCAAGGGCCUGCCGUCCUUCUCGUCCUUCAGUUCGCCACCGACUUCAUUCAGGGACGGACUGGAUCUGGAGCAUCUGGUGACCAUGCUGGUGGAGUCCUGAGUGGGAAACCAGAGUGUCGGAUUUUAACCGAUGCUGCGAAGCAGUAUAGAAAGCCAUUUGAGCGUUUAUACCAUAUUUUUGAUAUCCACUUGACGAUCCAUGUAUCUUCUUUGUCCUCACUCGUAAGACAUUUCGGCCUCCGGCGGAAUAACUGGCUUUCUACAGUAGUAAUGAAUAACAACCACCACCCCACCCCCCUCUACUCCUUGAGCAUGACAGUGGGAAAUGUUACGAUUGAGCCCCCCCCCAAAUGUCCACAACUUGACAAGGGCAUGUUAAUGGUACAGUAGAGCCAGCCAAAAUUUGCUCGACACCCACCCCAAAAGGUUUGUAAUUGCCUCUUGAUACCACAAGAUGGCGGGCGGCAAAGCACUUUUUUUUUUAAAAAAACUACAAGACCAACUGAAACUCCUUGCCUCAGCUCAAUGUGGUUGCUUAACGU